ACAACUGCGGUGAUCAUUCCCAGGACUCUUUCAACAUUUUUAUCUCCAUCAACACAGCUGGUCAGCUAAAAGCAGGAAAGAUGGGCAACUUUACUCCUGUCUUGGGGCUGGGUUUGCUGUUCUUGGUAGGAAUUGAUGCAUCGUGCGAAAUCAUCCCUGACGUGGAGUGCAUGGUAGGUGGGUCCAUCAAGGAGAAUCUACCUAAUCGUGUUUCAACCACGUGCACGAAGUGUAUUUGCAUCGAGUACAAACAAGCCACUGCUGUCCAGUGCUGUUCCAUUGCUCUGGUACCAACGGGCUACGAUAAACUCAGAUGUGAGGUCAAGCUGAACGACAGGAAGUGCAUCUACACCGUCAGGGAGAUCGAACCACCGCACAAGCCGUGCCGCUUUUCUGGCUACAUCAUGUAGCCCGACACUUCGAGCCAGAUGUGUGUCGAAAGGUUGCUUGGUGGGCGGUGUAAAAACUUUAAACCAGAUCUUCUUAAGUAAUAAAAAAUGGUUUUCUAUCACAGAGACCCCAGUGGACUGCCUGGUAAAACAAUGCAAAUUAUUACGACUUAAUCUUUGGCGGGCUAAUCAGCUUCAAGGAAAGUGCAUACGAUCCUUUCUUUCUUUAAGAUUCCGUUUACAAGAAAAUUCCUAUUAUAUAAAAUAUCCCCUAAUAUAAAUUCGUGUGAAGAAAGAAAAAUGUUAAUUAGAAAAUGAUUUCCCGUCUCUUCUCCCUGCUUCUUUCCCUAGGUUAAACUCGCUGUCCCCGAUUUCUCACUGAAAUGCGUAAUCUUUAAUUCCUCCAUCAAUAAUUUCGAGAAAUCAUAUUAAUAUCAAACCUUCUUUAAUUGAUUCAAACAGGGGGGAAAUGGUGAGUUUACAUGCUAACCGCUUUGCUGUUGGCUGGCCAAAGCGUACACCUGACAUGCAAUGCAAGGACAUUGAUUUUUCCCCGGUGUUUUUGCCGUCUGGAGAAACAACAGAUGGGGUAACUAUAUGUGAAGUAGCCGUGCAUGGUGGCGACGGGGACGCACGCCCACGCUCCAUCUCUACUCCGCCAUGUUAGAGUUAGGACCGAAAAUAUAGAUUAGUGUAUGUAAUUAUUUGAACUUACAUGUAGAUCGGAAGGA